AUGAAGAUCGAGUUAGCCUCAAAGUCAAAGUAUACGUUGGCGUUUCAAUCAAGUAGAAAUCAGCUGGUGUUUGAGGAUAAGUCUUUUUCGGAAACAAAGGUCUUAGGAAAAGCAUUGAAACAUGCUAGAGAGUGGCACAACUCGAACUUAACCACCUCGCCUCACUCUGUUUCGAGGAAAGACUGCUCUGCGAGUGUGCCUCAAGCUCAGCCCCGAGAGAACGAUUUUCUCUGCUUCUCAGAUGCAGCUUGGAAUAGUGCUACUAGUGCAGGAGGUUUGGGCUGGACAUGCUCUAACUCUGCCGGUGCUACUCUCCUGCAAGGAUCUUCACCGUGCCCCAUAGUGGCAUCAGCGCUAGUUGCAGAAGCACUGGCACUCAAGGCGGGUAUCAAAGCCGCUAUCUCCCUUAACAUCAAAGACCUGGUCUGUCACUCAGACUCAAAAAGCUUGAUCAAUCUGAUCACAGGAAACACGUCUGUGAUUGCACUCCAAGGAAUUCUCCAUGACAUCAGUGUGUUGAGUAAUUCCAUGUCGUCUAUCUCCUUUAAAUUUGUACCUCGGCGUUGUAAUACGAUCACUGAUCGUCUGGCCAAAGAGGCUCUGUUUUCUGUAUCAAACUCUUCUUUGGGAAGAGAGAACCUUGUAGCUUAA